GGUGAACGCAGGACCGACUCUCCCUCCAGCAUUGCCAUUGAGGGCGCCAUGUCGUCUCGGAGAGCGGUUUAAUUCGUCUAUGAUUUGAUUCUUCUCCUUCCCCUACCUCGACGUUUACCGAUACUUCCUGGUAACCCUGUGGACUACCCUCCCUAACUUAGCGUCGCGAAGCACCACUAAGGCCAUCAAUUGCCUACAUCUACAUGGCCAGUCGAGCCCUCUUAUAGCGACAGAAAAUUAGCAUUCAAUUUCCUCGAAAAUGCCUCCUCAUUUACAUCCCCGAUCACGGUCGACGACCGGUCUUUUUGCGGGCACAUUACUAGCGUCACUGUUGGUUGUUGGUAUGCCACACAUAUUUCCUUGUCCUGCUCCACGUCGCACAUUCGCCGAUUCCGAGAUGAUCAUUACAUCCGAUGGACAACAAAUCCAGAGAGUCCGAAGGAGGAGACGGAAGGAUGCCGAUAUGCUAGGACAAGAGGAGACUGCCCUUUCCCAGACCUCCCCAACCCCAGAUGAAGAAGUGUCGACAUUUCUGCAACUAGAGGAAGAAGCGGAACAACUAUCUAAACCUGGACGAGAGUGCCCAGUGCCUAAACCGACUGGAGUCAUAGGCGAAUUGCUUGGAUUUCCUAACCGAACAACAUUGCAGCGGGGAGAAGGCCGUCAACCAGAUAUCGCUGGACAGCAGAACCAAUGAUACAGAUGAAAGAGGCUUGGAAUUCUAGUGGAAUUGAGGAAGAAUUUGCGAACGAAGCCAUGAUACUCUUGUUGGAUUGAUUGUGCCUUUGAUAUAUGAGGCAGCUCCUAAUUAAGGGUCAUACCAGCGAUAUAUAUACCCAUGUACAUAUACCACCACCUAGCCAUGAUUUGUGAUAAAAAUGGUGUGUGCCUGUAUCUGAAUCAAUAAUUUUUGUCCCAUU